AUGUCUGAGCGCGGCAACUUCCGGGGCGGCCGGGGCGGCAGAGGCGGCGAUCGUGGAGGACGCGGGGGCUCGCGCGGCGGACACGCUGGCCAGCAGGAGCGGCCCAAGAAGGAAAACAUUCUUGACCUGGGAAAGCUCAUGGACAAGGAGAUCAGCGUCAAGUUCAACGGCGGCCGCGAGGUGACGGGUACGUUGAAGGGCUACGAUCAGCUCAUGAAUCUGGUGUUGGACGACGUGAAGGAGGUCAUGCGCGAUGACGAAGGCAAUGAAACCACCCGCUCCCUCGGCCUUACUGUUGCGCGCGGCACUCUGCUUGUCCUCAUCUCGCCACUUGACGGCAGCGAAGAAAUUGCCAACCCGUUCGCCCCACCGGAGGACGAGUGA